AUGCAGUUCAAACACUCUGUCUGGGCAGUGGCCCCCCUGCUCUUGGAUUUACUUCCUUUAGUAGCCGGAACAACUUGUUCAUCCUCGUCUUCUCCCAAACAACGCAUCGCGAAGUCAAUUCGCAGAUAUACAGGCCCCAACUCAGCGGGUAACUUUAGCAGCAAUGUCUAUCAAACCGAUUUCGACAGUGUCACCUGGGACGAGGAUAACUGGCUCCUGUCAACUACAAAUCUGGAGCAAGGCCAGUUUCAAACAAGAGGUUCUGUCGCAAACGGCUAUUUGGGUAUCAAUGUUGCUAGCGUUGGCCCAUUUUUUGAAGCAGACUCAGCAGACGAUGGCGGCGACGGCAUCAGUGGCUGGCCUCUGUAUUCCAAACGCCAAUCCUUCGCGACCAUCAGCGGGUUCUUUGAUGCCCAGCCAAAUACAAACCAGACUAACUACGAAUGGCUGUCUCAGUAUGGCUGGGAUAGUGUCAUCAGUGGUGUUCCGCACUGGAGUGGCUUAAUUCUGGACCUUGGCGACGACAAUUACCUAGAUGCGACAGUGGAUAAUUCUACCAUCUCCAAUUUCAAUUCAAUCUACGAUUUCAAAUCAGGCGUGCUUACCUGGUCAUAUACAUGGAGCCCUCAGAACGCCGAUGGAUCAUACAACAUCACAUACCGUGUUUUUGCCAACAAACUUAACAUUAAUGAGGCUGUCGUUGAUAUGCAGAUUGUCUCAACAAUCGACACCAAUGCCACAGUGGUAAAUGUUCUUGAUGGUCAAUCUGCCGUCCGAACCGAUUUCGUGGGGUCUGGAGAAGACAGCGGAGCGAUUUACUCUGCUGUUAGCCCUGUAGGCGUUUCCAAUGUUACCGCCUACAUUUAUGCGAACAUCACUGGAAGCCCAGGCGUCGAUCUAUCUUCAAAGAACAUUGCGACAGACAGGCCGUAUGUUAGUUCCAACAACGCGUCGAUUGCCCAAUCUGUGACCGUCAACCUCAAAGCCGGAAAGGUGGCUUAUGUCAGGAAGUUUGUUGGCGGAGCCUCCUCGGACGCAUUUGAUCAGCCACAGCAGGUCGCCAAGAGUGCCUGUUCGAACGCUCUCAGCAAUGGAUAUGCCAAGUCACUUCGCUCACAUGUCACUGAAUGGGCGAGUGUGAUGCCCGAGGACUCCGUCGAUCGAUAUGCAUUUCCAAAUGGUACCCUGCCAGCCGAUACUAUUAUCAUCGACUCUGCAGUGAUUGCCGUCGCGAACACCUACUAUCUACUACAGAAUACCGUCGGAAAUAAUGCGAUCAAUGCUUCAUCGUCAUCUACUUUAAAUACUGACAGUAUUUCCGUUGGUGGAUUGACCUCUGAUUCUUAUGCUGGUCAGGUAUUUUGGGAUGCUGAUCUCUGGAUGCACCCUGGUCUCGCUGCAUCGCAUCCUGAGGCUGCGCAACGCAUUACAAACUACCGAUUGAAACUCUACGGCCAAGCCCAGCAGAAUAUCAACACAUCCUUCGUCGGCUCUCAGAAUCAGACUCAAUUUUCUCCAUCCGCGGCUAUUUACCCGUGGACCAGUGGGCGCUACGGAAACUGUACUGCCACUGGCCCUUGCUGGGAUUAUGAAUACCACUUAAAUGGGGAUAUUGGCUUAACAUUGAUCAAUCAGUGGGUCACUACUGGUGACACUCAGUUCUUCAAAAACAGCCUCUUCCCAAUUUAUGACUCUGUGGCCACUUUAUACGCAGAUCUGUUGAAGCCGAAUGGUUCUUACUGGACUGUUACGAACAUGACUGAUCCGGAUGAGUAUGCAAACCAAGUCGAUGCGGGUGGUUUCACCAUGCCACUCAUUGCCUCAACUCUCGAAAAUGCGAAUAGUUUCCGUCAACAAUUUGGAUUUGAGGAGAACUCAACAUGGGAUAACAUGGCUUCCAAUGUCUUGGUCCUCCGUGAAAAUGGAGUAACCCUCGAGUUUACCACCAUGAAUGGCAGCGCGGUCGUCAAGCAGGCGGAUGUGGUCUUAGAUACAUUCCCUCUCGGAUACACAUCUAAUUACAGCACACAAGACUCACUGGAUGAUUUGGACUAUUAUGCCGCGAAGCAAUCGGCUGAUGGCCCUGCCAUGACCUGGGCCAUCUUCUCUAUCGUGGCGAAUGAUAUGUCUCCGUCCGGAUGUUCAGCCUACACCUACGCCCAGUAUGCUUUCAAGCCAUAUGCCAGGGCCCCAUUCUUCCAGAUGUCCGAACAGCUCAUUGAUAACUCUACAACCAACGGUGGUACCCACCCAGCAUUCCCGUUCCUCACUGGACACGGUGGCUCCAACCAGGUUGUCUUGUAUGGCUACUUGGGACUGCGCCUUGAGCCUGAUGACAUUCUGCACAUCGAUCCCAACUUGCCGCCCCAGAUCCCUUACCUGAAAUAUCGCACAUUUUAUUGGCGCGGGUGGCCCAUUUCUGCCUGGUCCAACUAUACCCACACUACAAUUAGUCGUGCUUGCAGUACUUCUCCACUCGGUACUGCGGACCGUCGCUUUGCGAAGAAGCCUAUCAGUAUCAGCGUUGGCUCUGAAUCAAACUCAACAACAUACCGACUGCCUGUCAAGGGCUCCGUGGUGGUACCCAACCGCCAGAUUGGAUCAACGAACAGCAUUGCAGGAAACCUUGUGCAGUGCCGGCCUGUGGACUCCCUGGAUUCGUACGAGCCAGGCCAGUUCCCGAUCUCAGCCAUUGAUGGUGCUUCGUCCACAAAGUGGCAACCGGCCUUGGCAGCAAACUGGAGCUCUAUCACCGUGUCUCUCGGUAACGAGGCUGGUUCCAUAGUGACCGGUUUCGCGUUCGAGUGGGGCCAGGCGCCUCCUGUCAACGCGACCGUGAUAUUCCACAACGAAAGUCUUCAAGAUGCUGCGGUCGCAUAUUAUCCAUCUAGCGACAAUACAUCUUAUACUGUCGCGACAGCGUUGACAAACAUCACACUCUCAGAUCCUUACAGUGAAGAGACCACCGAUCUCAAUGUCAUUGAGAUCCCCACUGGCAACACCACAAAUGUGACUCUCCCCUCGCCUAUCCGUGCCGCCAAGUUUGCCUCUCUAUUCAUUAUCGGCAACCAGGGUCUUGAUGAGGUUGACGUCCGUCACAAGAACGGAACUGGUGCGACCGUGGCCGAAUGGGCUAUUCUCGGCCAGAGCAACAAUCAGACGUCGGGCGCCCAAAAUAAGCAGAGAAAGCUGGGGGUGCGUGCAGCAAGUCUGACCGAUGAGGGGCUUAUGCGUCGUCGUCGACAGUUCCUCCCUCAGAAUUAG